CACACUUACGACGCUCCAUGCGGCGAACUUCGCCGCCUAAAGGGAUAUAUCUUCGUGAACAGAUACCUACUUCUCCAGCACAUCCAGACGCUAAAAUCCAUUCACAAUGGCCGAAAAGCCUGCAGCAGAUAAGGUUACGAAAGCCAGUACGGGCUCAGGCGCGGAGUCUCCUACCACUGCACGAGAACUCGAUUUCGAUGAUGACAAUGAAGGACCCUCAACGGCGGAGAACGCCACCUCGCCGCCACCCCCUUCAAAGUCCCCGAAGCCGGGCGUCCGCUUUUCAGAAAGUACUACGGAAAUACCACCGCCAAAGCCCCCACGACCGGUGAAUAAGCUAGAGGAAGACCAGAAGGCCCUGGCUGAGAUGUUUCCGGAUGUUGAUGUGAAAGUCGUGAGGGCCGUGCUCCUUGCGAGCGCAGGCGAUGUAGAAAGAGCUACCAAUGCGCUGCUAAGCAUGUCGGAUCCUAGCUUUAAAGCCGAUGAUCUGCCUCCGCCGAAGCCACCGCGACCGACAGGACCUCGCGACUACACAUACGAUGACGAUUUGCGUCUAGCGCAGCAGUUACAGCAGGAGGAGGAGCGGCAGGCCCAAGGCGCAGGAUAUGGUCGCCAGCGUAGGGAGCCUCGGCUGCCCCAACAACGGAAAGAGACUGGCUUAAAACCCAACGAGCUCUACGAUAAGGAGCACAGUUUCUUUGAAGAUGACCUGCCCAUCAUCAAGAAAAACAUUGAACAGGGGUUCCGUGAAACUCAAUUAAAAGUCAAUAAAUGGGUUGGUGAUCUCAUGAAGAAGCUUGAUGGCGAACCUGAGGAGUAUGACCAAUACGGCAAUCCUGUGCCAUCUUCCUCACAACGACGUUUCGGCUCCCCCCAGCGAGAUCACCAGUACGGAAGUGUGGGUCGGAGGUCCACCGAACACCGCCGGUCCGCAGAUCGUGAGCGCUACGACACCGACAACCGGGUGCUUGGCGACGAUUUUGAGGCCUUGGAACUCAGAGAUGAUGAAGGCCCUCCACCUCAGAAACCAAAUCGGCCUCAAGCGAAUCCUGACCUAUUCAAACCUACCCCUCUGGGCCCCCCCCAGAGCGGACCAGUGGAUGAGGUUGAUGCGCUUUACCGCAAUCCAUCGCCUAUCAACAGCUCCGGCACCGCAGCUAAGCCAGGGGGGAAGAAAUGGCAGCCCUUGACGUCUGUUGCACCAAACCCGGAGCCGGAUGACCAUGAUCCGUUCAGUUUGGGGGACAGUGACGAAGAAGAUGCGAAGGCGAAGGAUCUGAAGGCUGAGGACACGGAACGCCUGAAGAAAGCCGCCGAGGGCAAAGAAGGCCCUGGCGGAGCCCUCCAGGAAGCGGGACGGAGUGGUAGCAGUGGGCAGAAAGAUGCAGCUGCGGAGGCCUUGCUGAAGGAGUCGAAAUGACGGCAACAAUGCGGGGUCAUUCCAGGAUUUGAACCUCCAUGCCCAAUUAGAUUGAACUAAUGCAGCUUCGCGGGCAGUAGCCAUACUAUAUCA